UGCUACAUUCUGAUCGACACGGUUAAUUAAACUUAUCAUUAACCUUAGAACUAUGAAAGUACUCUCCACUUCCAAUUAAUUUCCUUCAGCCAUUGAUCUUACAGUCAUCAACUAUCUAGCAGAUUUAACCACAGAUAGAAGUUGUCCAAUAUUUGCAUCACGUAUGGGUAAUUGAGUCCUCAGAUAUCCCUCCCGAACUCGCAUAUGAAACCCAUAAUUUACAGACUCCCCAUCUCUCAGCCCACAUUGAGAAAAACCCAGAGCUUAGCCUGUAGCCUUCUCGUUGAUAUUCAGAAAGCUUAUGCACAUGUCCAUAAACUAGGAAUCUCAGCUGCUCAGCCUGAUAUUCACUCAGAAUCAACAUCAUUCUCGGUUGCUCUUCAACUGUUCGACGAAGCGUCUGAGUUGAGCGUAGUGUCUGCCACAGCCAUCAUUGGGCGCUUUGUUCAACAGCACCGCCAUGAAGAGGCCAUGUAUCUUUUCGCAAGGAUGCUUGUAUCAAAUAUUAGACCCAAUGAGUUCACAUUUGGGACCGUAACUCACUCAUCAACUGCGCUGGGAAACCUUUAUAUAGGGAAGCAAAUUCACGCUUGCGCAACGAAGAUUGGCCUUCACUCGAAUGUUUAUGUUGGUAGCGCACUUUUAGAUCAUUAUGCCAAGUUGAGUACCAUUGAAGAAGCUCAAAGGGUUUUUGAAGAUACCUGCAACCGGAAUGUGGUAUCUUACACGACUUUGAUAGGUGGCUACCUGAAAAAAGAGAGGACUGAAGACGCUUUCCACCUCUUUCGAGAGAUGCCCGAGAGAAACAUUGUUUCUUGGAAUGCAAUGAUUGGCGGGUGUAGCCAAACAGGCCACAAUGAAGAGGCUGUGAAUCUUUUUGUUGAGAUGCUUGGAGAAGGGUUGCUGCCUAAUCAUUCAACUUUUCCUUGUGCUAUUAGUGCAGCUGCCAAUAUAGCAGCCCUUGGAAUGGGAAAAAGUUUUCAUGCUUGUGCUGUUAAGUUCUUGGGUAAGCUUGAUGUGUUUGUUGGCAAUUCUCUGAUCAGCUUUUAUGCCAAAUGUGGAAACAUGGAAGACAGUCUCUUGGUUUUUAAUAAACUUUCUGAAAGAAAUAUUGUUUCUUGGAAUGCUGUGAUAUGUGGUUAUGCACAGAAUGGUAGAGGAGAGGAAGCCAUUAGCUUCUUUGAGAGGAUGCAGGCCGUAGGUUGUAAACCUAAUAGUGUUACACUUCUUGGGCUAUUAUGGGCUUGUAAUCAUGCUGGCCUUGUUGAUGAGGGUUUUUCAUAUUUCUCUCGCGCAAGACUUGAAGACCCUAGCAUGCUAAAGCCGGAGCACUAUGCUUGUAUUGUUGACUUACUCUCCCGCUCAGGGCGCUUCAGACAAGCUGAGGAGUUCCUUUGCGAUUUGCCAUUUGAUCCAGGAAUUGGGUUUUGGAAAGCAUUGCUUGGAGGCUGUCAGAUUCACUCAAAUAUGGAAUUGGCGCAGUUUGCCGCUCAAAAAAUCCUAGCUCUGGAUCCUGAAGACGUUUCAUCAUAUGUAAUGCUGUCAAAUGCUCAUUCUGCAGCUGGUAGAUGGCUGAGUGUGUCAACAAUAAGAAGAGAGAUGAAAGAGAAGGGUUUGAAGAGGAUUCCAGGUAGUAGCUGGAUUGAAAUCGGAAGCAAAGUUCACGUCUUUGUAACUGGAGACUGGAGUCAUCACCAAAAGGAUGAAAUGUAUAUGGCCUUGCGGUUUUGUAUGGAGCAUUUAAGGGAGAUCAAAGCUUCCAAUCUUCUUGAAGAGUCGUGAGUCUAGCUUUUUGAAGAAGUGAUUAGAGUGGCUCUCCUUUAUAGAUCUGGAUUCCCAAUGAUUUGCUAGCAAUCCGAACAACAAAAUUACUAAAAAUCUCUAUCUCCGCUUUAUAUAUUAGAGUCAUGAGCAUUGAGAAUUGGGAGGACUGAACUCAUUUACUUCAACCUCCUCGUAGCAUCUAUAAGUAUCAAAGAACAGUUCAACUACCGUAAUAGAUUGCUCUAAAAGAAGGCAGGAGGAGCGUUGUUUGAAUAACUGACCUGCGUGCUAUCAAACCAACCGUAUUGGCUUUAUUUGCUUACACCACAUACUAACCUAGGCAAUUAAUUAAUGGUGGGGUUUUAGAAGGAUGCCCUUCAAAAGCAGCUGCUUGUAGAGUUCUGCAACCGUUGGCUUCACAGAUCACAGGAAAAUGGGAACAUUUUGUAGGUUUGCUUUUUAUCAUAUGUUGUUUAUACGGCAGAUGUAAAAGCUGAUUUUUACUAUUACAUCAACUUGUAUGACAUUUUUUCCAGUAUUUUUUUUCCCUUUGUGAGGCCAUGGCAGUUUGAGCUUUGGCGAGUGUGAGAUUCUAAGGGUCUUGGCAUGACAGAUGGAGCUUUAGUGAUCUUGGAAACAUUAUUGUAUGGAAAAAUUUCUUCCAAUAUUGUAAGCAUUACAUUAUUUUUUAAACUUGUGCUUCAUGAGAUCUGUCUCUUGAAUUAUUAAAA